AUGGUCGACAAGAACUUGGGUUUAGGUGUUUUCGCUCGUUCGGGCUCCGACUUUGUGGUCAACGAUAAUUGGAAGCUUGUUCGAAAGAUUGGUAGUGGGUCAUUUGGUGAAAUCUUUCUCGGAAUUCACGUUCAGACCGGUGAAGAAGUCGCUGUUAAACUAGAACGAGUGUCUGCCAGACACCCUCAGUUGUAUUUUGAAAGCAAAGUGUACAAAAUCCUCGCUGACACGCCUGGCCUACCACAUAUACAAUACUUUGGUCUUGAUGGGGUCAAUAAUCUUUACAACGCCUUGGUUAUGGAUCUUCUGGGUCCCAGCUUGGAAGAACUUUUUAAUUUCUGCAGCAAGUGCUUCACAAUGAAGACAGUAUUAAUGUUAGUUGACCAGAUACUCUGGCGUCUUGAGUUCAUUCAUGCUCGUCAUUUUAUUCAUCGAGAUAUUAAACCAGAUAACUUUCUUAUGGGUAUUGGCAAACAUUGCAAUAAGGUCUUCAUUAUUGACUUUGGUUUGGCUAAAAAGUUCAGAGAUGGCAGAACACGUCGUCAUAUAGCUUAUCGGGAGAACAAAGCCCUUACAGGAACUGCUCGUUAUGCGAGCAUUAAUGCUCACGCUGGAAUUGAACAAUCUCGUCGUGAUGAUUUAGAAUCCCUUGGUUACGUGCUCAUGUAUUUCCUCUGCGGUUCACUUCCCUGGCAAGGUCUUAGGGCAAACACAAAGAAACAGAAGUAUGAGCGAAUUCACGAGAAGAAGAUGUCAACGCCAAUCGAAGCUCUCUGUCGUGGUUUCCCACCUGAAUUCGCUCUCUACCUAACCUAUGUUCGUAAUCUGCAUUUCGAUGAAACGCCAGAUUAUACUUUCUAUCGCGGUCAAUUCCGCUCGCUCUUCAAAGCUCUGGCUUUUAGUUGGGACUUUGUAUUCGACUGGACUCUUCUGCGUCAGAAGUCGUCUGCCUUGCAGCAACACUCAAAUGCGGUGGCCCAUGUUAUGCCAACUGUUGGCGGUACAACAGUAGGAGGAGGGGGUGUAAAUGCUGGCGGAGCUUCCGGGUCAAAGAUGAUGCCCUCGACGAACACGGCUGCAGCUACUUCGGGGGAUGAUGUAGGUUUUGGAACGACUGGAAAGCUCUAG